AUACACUAGUCCUAAUUCAAUAUUCAGCAGUUUUUGAUUGGCUGAUGGAUGACGCGUUCUACGAGCCCACGGAUACGAUUGGGUUCUUCCAACUUUGGUGGAUCCUCGUACCAGGAGUCCCUUUGUCGGAAACAUCCUCGAAAAAUAUUGAGCUCUCCAAAAAUAAAAAUUAAUAAAAAUCAAGUCAGAGCUGCAAAAAAGACACAUCAAGCUGACGAAUAACUAAUACUUGAAGAACACUGAAGGCCCUACAAGGCGUUUGGCUUGGAUACAUCGCACGAAACGCCAUUCGCUAAAUGUAUCGAUCCAGAAAAAGUUGAUCUGCUGACCCGAGAAAGCCCCAGGGUCAAGCCCUGAGCCCUUCCCUUGCAUUGCAUUAGGUCUAGCCUAAUAAUGCUGAUAUAAUCACUGAUCGCUUUGAGCUUUAAAGA